AUGGUCGCCGGUAAGAAAUUAACUGCAGCUGAAAAAUAUUUGGUGGUAAAGACGUACGAAUACAUUCGAGGAAAAAAGGCUGCUUCGCCACAGCUGUGGAAGGGGGAUGUAAGGGAUCACGUUCACGAGUUUUGCGUCGGUUCAAAACCAUCUGGUAGGCCUCGAACGUUCGGUGAAAGCAUACAGCCGCUCGUACGUGAACUCGUGUCUGAACUGAACUCAAGUGGCAAGCCUGUUGCAGCCCCAAAGUUAGUGAAGCGCCUAAAGGAAGAGCACAACAUCAACAUUUCUGUUCGUUCCCUUCGCCAAUCUACGGCAAAUGUGGCGUUCCGAACGCAGUAUUUAAAGAAAAAAAUAUCCAACCUCAACAGAAAAGAAUAUCCGGUACGUCCUGAAGUAUAUCUCGACGAAACAUUUUGCAAUCUCAACCACACGGCCCAACUGUCGUGGGUUGAUAAGGACAAGAUCUGGCUUGAGGAAAACGAAAUCUGGUACGACACCAGUUAUACUAAAGCAGAGUUGAUGAUGCUUGUCCGAGCAAACAAACCCAAGCCAAUUUAUAGAGUCACUGAAAUUGCCCGCCCAUUUGGACACUUGGUGUACUUUACCCCACCGUACCACCCUGAAUUACAACCGAUCGAGUUGAUUUGGGCGAAUAUCAAGGGCCAGAUUGCAAACAACCCAGCGUCCAACAUGGACGAGUUGAAAAACAAAAUUAACGACGGAUUUGCGUCGCUCACGUCGAGCACAUGGACCAAAGCGUAUACACACGCUCAAAAGUAUGAAACAAGAUACAUGGAGCUAGCUGAUCAGUACGAGCUUGUGUCAGAGGACGAAGGGGACGACCAAGACAGUGAGUGUGCAGAAGAUGACGAAGGAAGUGACUCUGAAUAA